AGUCAACAGCUGCGUACCCAAUUGGAAAGUCAAAAGACGGAGAAGAAGUGAAUUGUGUAUCGAUAAUCUGAAAUAAAAUUUUAGUUUUACGUGAAAACCGUUCCCCGAAGUUUUAUUUUUCGUCAUUCAUCAGAGGAGUGGAGUACAAAUGAGAUUAAAAAACCCAAAAUAAGUUACUGUCUUGAGGUGAGAGUGACGUGACGAGUGCAUAUAAAUGUUGGAUGCACCCAAAAUGCUCUCUCAAUUGCAGAGAAUUGAUGCACGACAAUCUAUAAACAUCAAACCUAACCUCUCUUUACUCCGUUGAAUAUAUUUAGAAAUGUCAAAAUUUUCCGGUUUUCCACCAACCGCUUGUUUGUGUACCGACGUCUUCGAAAACAACAAAAAUGUUUUCCCGAUCAGUGGAAAAUCGGCAACGCAUCAAACUGAUUCAAAUCGGUCCCAAUCCGUUGUUCGAGAAAUGGUUAAUGGAUUGGAUUAAACAGGCUGAAGAUAACAAUUCCAUGAAACAACAUUCGCUUACAAAGGCUCUGGACUCACUACGAAAGUAUCCGUUGCUGUUAAGGACCGGUAGAGAUUGUGCAAUUUUGGAUGGAUUUGGUGCGGGUAUAUGUCGGAUGUUGGACGAAAAACUUAAGAUGGUGGAAAAUGUGGCGAGUGAAGAAAGGCACGAUGAGAGUUUCAAGGAAGCGGUGCACAAAGCUACCAUAAAGAUCAACAAGGACAAACGACGCCAAAUGAGAAAACCUGCAGCAAAAUCAAGCACAACUGUGAUCCAAAGUCAACAAGAAACUCAAACGCAAACUGAGUCUGGUACUCAAACGCCGGAUACAGUGUUCAUAAACGGAGGUUCAUUCAAGAUUAUUCUCUUGGUGGACUCGACAGAAACGAUGGGAAAGAAAAAGAGCAACUUGGACGUUACGAUUCAACAGUUAACCCAACGGAACGUUCAAUUCGAAGUGCGACGAUUGAGUGUGGGAGAUUUCUUAUGGAUUUGUCGUGAUAAGGACAAUCGAGAAGUUCUCAUACCAUAUAUCGUUGAACGGAAACGAAUUGAUGAUUUGGCUGGCAGCAUAAAGGACGGACGCUUCAACGAACAGAAAUUUCGAUUGAAAGCCUGCGGUGUUCAGAAUGUGAUUUACUUGAUCGAAAACAAGGGCAGCAAUCAAUUUGUCGGACUUCCCAUAGCCAACCUACUUCAGGCAGGAACGAAUAAUCAAGUACAGAACGAUUUUUCGGUUAAAUUUACGGAUUCACAUGCUGAUUCGAUGAUGUACCUGGCGGUCCUAACCAAUAUUCUCAUCCGAACGUACAAAGACAAAAAUUUGAUGGUCACAAAGAAAGACCAUUUAUGGCCCUGCACGGUAAAUGAUGACACCAUUCCUGUAAUGCAAUUCACCGAGUUCUCGCUGGUAUCGACAAAAAUGAGAAACUUUACGAUCAAAGACUUGUUCGUUCGACAACUGGUCCAAUUGAAGACUUUAAGCGUUGAAAAGGCACUGGCUAUUACGAAAAUCUAUCCCACUCCCGCACAUUUGUUGCUACAAUAUAAACAGUGCAUCGACGAGAGUGAAGGCGAACUGCUUUUGGCUGACAUCAAAUGUUCUUCGGGAAAGAAAAUUGGACCGGUCAUUAGUCGCAUCAUAUACAAUUUGUACAAUUUACAGGCAUCGGCCUUAUAGCAUAAAGUGUUCCGAUUAGUUAAAUGAAUCGUUGCAAU